AGAAAUCCUCAAAAGUCUUUAGUCUCUCCUCUUUCGCAAAAUUUUCUUCAAAAUCAAGUGGAAAAAACUGAAAAAAAAUCCAAGAAAAUUUCAGGGUUUUACACCCUUUACGAUUCUUGAUCAUUACCCACAAUGAGUCUUACAGAAUUCGCUAUGGUAGAGGAACUGGCCUUUCUUAUCAAAGAUAAUCUUCCUUGCAAGCAUCUUAUCCUAUCUAUGGAGGAGACCCUAGUCAAUUUCCUUCUCGAGGAUACCAGUUCUGAUGGAAUCUUGGAGCUUGAACCAACGAAUCCAUAUAACCGCCUCCUCUUACAUCGUCUUGCUGAUAUUUUUGGGUUUUCUCAUCAAUCAGUUGGUGAAGGGGAAGAACGGCACUUGGUCUUGGAGCGUUGCUCAGAUACAUCAAUACCUUCCAUUCUCAUUAGUGAUCUCCUUUGGCAGUAUGACGAACUCCAGUCUCCAAGGACUGUAGAUGUGAUAUAUAGAAGAAAAGAAGGUUCAGAAGGGUCAAAGGUAGAAGACACACCAACACCAAUCAUUAACCUUUCGCUUGAGGAGAGGGAAGAAGCUUAUAUGGCUGCCCGAAAACGGAUUUUUUCUGUUGAUCAAGGUGAGACAAGACAAUGUAUGAAGGAUAGACCUCAAAAAGAUCCUACGGUUGCUCGUCGUAUGAUUGCACAUGCACUUGGCCAAAGAACCAGGCCAGCUAACCUAGAGAUCCACCAUGCAAAUACUGAGCAAUGUGAAGAACAAUCCAAGGAUGUAAAUAUCCAGCAUAAGGAAGAACGACUGACAAAUUUGGGCAAGCAGACUUGUACAGAGGUUAAAACUCCCCCUACAAAAUAUCCAGGUUCAGGUGGUAAGCCCAAAAGCAACAAAUCAAAUGGCAGUAGAUCACCGCAUAUGAACAAGAGUACACCUAAAAACACUGAUGGGACAGGUUCAUCGACACCAGUGAAAAAGGACGUGAAGGUUCAUAAAGAUAGUAUUCGCGAAGAACAUAUUGGUGCUGCUAAGAGAAUAUUUGCCAAUGCUCUAGGAUUUGCAAGAGAAGGGAAUCUGAAAUAAGGAACAUAAUAUAUUCUUCUUGAAAUGCUUGAAGAGUAGCCCAGCCACACAUAACCAUUGAAGUAAACGAAUGAUCCCGAGCACUUUAUGAAUCUCUUGUGAAAUCUGUGCCAACGAGGAAACUGAACGGUGGUAAUUUUGUGCCAGCCCGUUGAUAGCUGCAUCGUAUACGUACAGCAAGGAACUGUUGGAGUAUAGAAUUGAAAGCUACUGAAUCCAAGUUAUCAACAAGCUUAAGGUCGUAAAGUUUGUCACAUUGGCAUAGUCUGUCUGCAUCAUCCUCUGUAGCACAGAUUUUCUCUUCAAGGGAACUCGCCAGCGACCAUGUUCACUGUUUUCUUUGGCUUUUUUCACUAUGAAUUAUGAUCUACAACUUCAUUUUAGUUUAAUAGAAUUUGAACUUGGCUGUUAUGCCAUGGAAUUGCAAGUUGUUAAUAGUGAACUAGUAAUAUUGUCUAUAGAUUACAGUGAUACUCUUGAAAUUUGGAUUUAUGAAUGAGUUUAAGAGUA